GCAGAGGCUCCGUGCAGACGCUGGGAGCCGCGGGGAGGACGAGGUCGGAGCUGAGGAGCGGACAUGUCCACCCUAGGCUGGUGGCGCCGCCGGGCGCCAGGGGCCCUGUGGGCGUGCUAGACUGUGCACACGGGCUGCUCCUGGGCCGAGCCGUGGGGCCCGAGGCAGUGUGGUGAGGGGAGCUUUGCCUUCUCGAGCUCCUACCCUUCUCAGAGACACCUGGCCAGAGGAAGAGGAACUAGGUCCAAACACUAGGUGUCCGGGUCCAGGUCCAGAUACUAUUUCCUCUCUUCUGAAAUUUCUGGGGGAAAGCCCACAAGAAUGGACACCAACAAGGAAAUUUUGCUGCAGUGUGAGAGAGGCAGGAGAAUGGAGCAAACGAGAAGAGAGAGGAGACCGCACACCAUGCUGUCCCCAAGAAACGAAGAAAGUAACUUCCUCGCUUCCUGACUUUAAAGUUCUCAAUUCCAGCCCCCUCGGAUGAGGCGUGGCUGUUGCCAUGGAGGCAGAAGCUGGACUGGGGAAGUGGGGGCGAAGUGGGUAGAGCAGUUAUGCUUUUGAUUGGCCAGAGGUGCUGUCACAGGACGAGUUCACCUGAGAUCUGGGUCUUCCUGGGGGUAAGGUGAGUAUGGGACCCUGGCAAGUACUAGCACAGCACAUCUGGCCCCACUCUGAGUUGCCCUUUGGUCUGUAAACAGAGUGAGUAAGGGGUAAAGGUUGGGUCACUUGGCCAGGAUGGCACCUAACCUCAUCUCACAAGACUCACCUGCUGUCAGGUACCACUGUAGGAGUAUGUCGAUCAGUGUCUCCUUUUCCGGACUUUGACUCUUGAGACAGGAUCUGUGCCCCGUGUUAGGACCAUAGUUAUACAAGAACACGUUAGCAACAUAACACUUUUCUGACAUGUGCUUAACACUUUUCUGACAUGUGCUUGUCCCUUCCCAUGGCUCCAUGUGUAAAAUGGCGUCACCUGCCAUCAUUUACUGCAGCAGCUCUUUAGUGCUGCAUGUGUUACCUUUUAUAAACUGGAAAUUAGGUGUAUAUAUAAGGACUUUAUUGUAGUGGGCACCUGACUUUUUAGCUUUUUUUUUUUUUUUUUAAUUUUUUUUAACGUUUAUUUAUUUUUGAGACAGAGAGAGACAGAGCACGAAUGGGGGAGGGGCAGAGAGAGAGGGAGACACAGAAUCGGAAGCAGGCUCCAGGCUCUGAGCUGUCAGCCCAGAGCCCGACGCGGGGCUCGAACUCACGGACCGCGAGAUCGUGACCUGAGCUGAAGUCGGACGCUUAACCGACUGAGCCACCCAGGCACCCCAUAGCUUUUUUUUUUCCUACUAAUAUUUUACCUACUUGACUGUCCUUAAGUGGAGACUUGCUGGUUCAAAAGGAAUGGGCAUUUUUAAUGUUUUUAAAACAUAGGCUGAAAUGGCAUCCAGAAUUAUGGUUCAUGCCUGCACCAGCCAGCUUCUCACCAACAUCAGUUUUUCUUUUUGAUUAUUUUUGAAAUAUCUGCCCCUUUGAUAGGCCAAAAGGUGUUGACUGUAAUAUUUCACAUUUCUUUGAUUCCGAUGUGACUGUUGGAACUUAUCACUAAUUUUAUGAACUGUAUUUUUUAUUUUCACGGGUAGACAUUUCUCUUAUUGGUUUCUAAGAGCUUCUCACAUUUGAGAUAUUAACUGUUGUCUAUGUUGCAAAAUAUUUCCCCCCUCUUCUUCUGGUUUGUUUUUAUUUUGGUUGCAUCUUAUAGCACAGAAAAUUUGUACCCAUUUUUAUUUUCCCAUCUGCUGAGUAGUGAGUGAGUGGUCUUUUGGUGGGCUCUGGCGUUGGAAUUAUGCUUGGGCCUUCUCCUCCCUGUCCCUGUUCUUUGCUGUUGCACACAGUGCCUCUCUGAACACACUUGAGAUCUGUACCUCUGUGCACAUGGGCAGACAGGUCUAUCAGUUAGAUUUCAGAAUCCCUAGGAUAGGGGAUGACCUUACAAUUAUGUAUUAAUAAUUGCUGGAGAUCUGGGGAGUAUAUUCAACUUAUAGCUGCAAUUUCCUUAUGUGAUUCUUGGUUUCAGAAGUUCCAGACUUGAUUCUUUGGGGAUUUCUAAAUUGCCUGCCAUCUGGUUUAGAAUAUGACCUUGGACUCCAGCAGGGUGGGAUAGGCAGGGAAGGGAGGAGACCCCCUCAGUGUUAAGGUGUCAGGGUUGCGUGAACCCACUCAGUGGGCAGCACAGUCUCUAAGGCCUCUACUAGUGCUUUUGUUUAUUGUUUUGUUUUAACUUUGAAUUUAUUUUUUUGACUAGGUAAUACAUGCUCAUGGUAAAAAAUAAAUAAAUAAAAACAAAAAACAAAAGGAGACUAUACAGUGAAAAAGUCCCUGGCAUUUUGACUCUGUUCCCGUGGAGAGCUGCUUGUUCUGAAGUUCUGGAAAGGAUCCUCUUCCCAAACAGGUCCCUGAGUACUGACUGUCACAGCCUGCCGCGUCUUUCCUGUUGACUCAUGUUUGGUUCCUCCAGUGAAAAUCUCACUUAGAAAAAUGCUGCCUCCAAAGUACUUGUCUGCCACCAAACCCAAGAAGUCUUGGGCCCCAGAUGUGCAUGAGCUAGACAGUGACUUGACUAAGGAGCCGGAUGCCACCAUAAGAGAAGGUGCAACUGACCCUGAAUUCUUUCAUCAGAGGUUUCGGAAUUUCCUCUACGUGGAAUUUGUUGGGCCUCGGAAGACACUGUUCAAACUCCGAAACCUCUGCCUCGAUUGGCUGCAGCCAGAGACUCGCACCAAGGAGGAGAUUAUCGAGCUCUUGGUCCUUGAGCAGUACCUGACCAUCCUUCCAGAAAAGAUCAAGCCUUGGGUGCGGGCAAAAAAGCCCGAGAACUGUGAGAAGCUAGUUACUCUGCUGGAAAAUUACAAGGAGAUGUAUGAACCAGGAGAUGACAACAACAGUGACCUCCGCAGCGAAGACAGCAUGAGCCGGAAGGGAGCAGAGUCCCCACCGCCACGUUCUGCGUCAUCAUUCUGCAGUGACCGGGACCGGGACUGGGACCAGGAGUGGGACCGGGAGCGAGACCGGGACUGGGAUCUGGACUGGGACCGGGACCGGGAGCGGAGAGGCAGGAGCAGAGACCUGGGGUCUCGGGACCGCUGGCCAUACCCCAGGAACCCCAGAGGCAGACUUCCUCAACGGGACCUUUCCCUUCCUCUGAUGGAGAAAACAACUUUUGCAACAGAAAGAGAACGCAAACGUAGGGAUUCUGUGAUGGAUUAUGAGUCAAGAUCCCAGGAUGCCGUGUCAUACCAGGACGUUGUGAACCUGACCGAGGACAGGAAGCCUCAGAACCCGAUUCAGGACAACAUGGAAAACUACAGGAAGCUGCUCUCUCUGGGGGUUCAGCUUGCAGAAGACGACGGCCACUCCCACAUGACACAGGGCCAUUCAUCGAGGUCAAAGAGAAGUGCCUACCCAAGCACCAGUCGAGGUCUAAAAUCUAUGCCUGAAACCAAAAAGUCAACCCAUCGGCGGGGAAUUUGUGAAGAUGAAUCUUCCCACGGGGUGAUCAUGGAAAAAUUCAUCAAGGACGUUUCGCGCAACUCUAAAUCAGGACGGGCAAGGGAAUCUAACGAUCGGUCCCAGAGGUUCCCCAGAAGGCCAGACAAUGAUUGGAAGGAAGUUUCGUUCAACAAGAGGGAGUCGGUGAUUCAGGAGAGGGGCUAUGAAGGGAAUGGCUUUGGGGGAGGCUUUAAUUUUAACUCGAGUCUUGUUUCCAAAAAGAGAGUUCUUGAGAGAAAAAGGCGCUAUCAGUUUGACACAGAUGGGAAGGGUUCAGCUCACGAGCAGAAGGGCUAUGCAAGGAAGAGACCUUUUGAAUGUAGUGAAAUGAGAAAAGCCAUGAGCAUGAGCAGCCUUAGCGCCCCCUCCUUCACUGAGUCGCAGCCACUUGAUUUUGGGGCAAUGCCCUAUGUGUGUGAUGAAUGUGGGAGGUCUUUCAGUGUGAUUUCCGAAUUUGUCGAACAUCAGAUCAUGCAUACUAGAGAGAAUCUCUAUGAGUAUGGUGAAUCGUUUAUUCAUAGUGUGGCUGUCAGUGAGGUUCAGAAAAGUCAGGCUGGAGGGAAACGCUUUGAAUGUAAGGAGUGUGGGGAAACCUUUAAUAAGAGUGCCGCGCUUGCCGAACAUCGGAAAAUUCAUGCUAGAGAGCAUCUUGCAGAAUGUAAUGAUGAGGAGUAUGAGGAGCCAUUCAUGCCUAGCCCAACCUUCAGUGAGCUCCAGAAAAUAUAUGGGAAAGAUAAAUUCUAUGAAUGUAAGGUGUGUAAGGAAACCUUCCUUCAUAGCUCUGCCCUAAUUGACCACCAGAAAAUCCAUGGUAGAGAUGACAAAGAUAAUGAGCGUGGGGAAGGCUUUAAACCCAGCCCACCCCCCAAUGAUCUUCCGAAAACGUAUGGUAAAGAGAAAAUGUAUGAAUGUAAGGUGUGUGGGGAGACCUUCCAUCACAGCUCAUCCCUGAAAGAACAUCAGAAGAUCCAUACUAGAGGAAACCUCUUUGAAAGUAAGGGUAAAGUGUGUGAGGAAACAUUUAUUCCUGGUCAGUCCCUUAAAAGGCGUCAGAAGACGUACCCAAAAGAGAAGCUGUAUGACUUUACAGAUGGCGGGGAUGCCUUUAGGCAAAGCUCAGACCUCAGUGAGCAUCAGAAAAUUCAUUCUCGAAAGAACCUCUUUGAAGGCAGGGGGUACGAGAAGUCUGUCAUUCAUAGCGUGCCCUUCACUGAAUCCCAGAAGAGUCAUACUAUAACAAGACCACCUGAAGAUGAUGAGGACCAGAAGGCGUUCACCGUCAGCUCUAACCCUGAUGACAACCAGAAGGUUCCUCCUCAAGAAAACGUCUAUGAGAGGAAACCAUAUGAGAGGUCUGUUAUUCAUAGCUUAGCCUUUGCUAAGGCUGAGAAGAGUCACAGUGCAGUGGGGCCCAGCAAACCAAAAGUGAUUGCAGAGUCUACCAUUCAAAGCUCAGGUGUUACCGAACACCAGAAAGCCCAUGCUGGAGAGAAUACCUCUGAAGGAAAGAAAUACGAGAGGUCUGUUAUCCAUAGUGUAGCUGCUUUCAAACCUCCCAAAAGUUGCGAUGGAAAUGAAGUCGUUGAAUGUGAAGAGAAGGGAGAAUCCUCCACUUCUGUUUCAGACUGUCAUGAUAAGCAACAGACAACUCCUGCCAGAGAGAACCCUAAUGAAGGGGGUAAGAAUAACAACUACAAGGACUCUGUCAUACAAAGUGUAUCCCAUAUGGAAUCUCAGAAAAGUCCAGCUAGUCAGGGAUCCAGUGAACUUAAGAAGGAUGGCGAAUCAUCUACUCCCACCUCAAAUGUCCGUGAACAUCAGAAGGCUCGUUCGAAGAAGAAAAACAUUGAGCGUAGGAACUAUGAGACCUCUGUAAUUCACUCCCUACGUUUUGGUGACCAUCAAACAUUUCGCCCUAGAGAGAAAUUCUAUGAAUGUCCAGAGUGUGGAGAAUCUUUUGUUCGUAGCUACGACCUCACUGAGCAUCUGAAGAUUCACGAUAGAAAGAAGCCCUCUGGAAGUAAAAACUACGAACGUUCUGUAAUUCGCAGCUUAGUCUCUACUGAUCCUCAGACGAGUUACGCUGAGCAGCAACCACAGACAAGUUAUGCUGGACACUCAUCACAGAUGAGGUACUCUGACCAAGCAGCGCAAACGAGUUACGCCAAACACCCAGUGCAGACGAGUUACUCUGGAAUGCACAUGAGUUACGCUGUACAGCCAGGGCACAUGAGUUACACACAGCAAGCAGCACAAACGAGCUACAUGGUGCAACCGACACAAAUCAGUUAUGACGAGGAGCAAGCGCAGACAAGUUACGCUGAACAGCAAGUACGCAACAGAUGCAGGGAGUGUGGGGAAUGCUUUGCCACCAUCGGAGACCUUGGUGCACAUCAGAAAAUCUAUGCCCGAGAAGAAUUCCAUGGUCGGAAGCUCUUUGGAGACACUGUUAUUCAGGGCAUAGGCCUUGAAGGGCCUCGGCCGGAAGAGCCUCGGCAGAAUGAGCCAGAUGAGCAGGACGAGCAGGACGAGCCUGAAGAUGCAAUCUAUGGCUGUAAGGACUGUGGGCUAGGCUUUGCAGAUCGCGCAGACCUUAAGGAUCAUCAGAAAGUUCAUGGCAGAGAGUAUCUCAUCGAUAGUCGUGAGUACACCCAUUCUGUAAUCCACACCCAUUCUGUCAGCGAGUAUCAGAAAGAUUACAUUGGAGAGCAGCUCUAUGAAUGCCCGGCAUGUGGGGAAUCCUUCGUUCAUAGCUCAUUCCUUUUUGAGCAUCAGAAAAUCCACGAGCAAGAUCAAUUUUAUGGCCAAAGAAGGUAUGAUGAGCCUUUUGUGCAGCCCCUGGUCAUCAACCCGCGGAGGCCUCGUGCCCCACAGAAGAAUCCCACUGCAGGAACAUCCCUUCAGUGCCAUGUGUGCGGACAAGACUUCAUUCAUGGCUCUGUCCUCGGUGAGCAUAUGAGAAUUCACACCAGAGAGGAUUUACCGGAACAGGGCCAGAGAAGUGAAGAUGCAGUGAGUCCAGGCUUAGCCCUUACUGAGUUUCAGAGAAGUCAAACCGAAGAGAAACACUAUGAAUGUAAAACAUGUGGAGAAACCUUCCUCAAUCAGUCAGACCUUAGGGAGCACAUGAGAAUUCACGAGAAAGACGAGCCCUAUGAUUAUGGGGCCUCUUUUGUUCAUACUUCCUUUCUUACUGAGCCCCCCAAAAGAGAUUCACCAUUCUAUGAAUGCAAGGACUGUGGGAAGUCCUUUAUUCAUAACACCGUUCUCACCAAGCACCAGAAGCUUCAUCUUGAAGAAGAGGAAGAAGAAGGAGCCCAGGAGGUGGAAGCCAAUGUCCUUGUUCCACGAGAAGUGCUGCGGAUCCAGGGGUCAAACGUAGAGGCUGCCGAGCCCGAGGUGGAGGCUGCCGAGCCUGAGGUGGAGGCUGCCGAGCCCAAUGUGGAGGCCGCCGAGCCCAAUGGAGAGGCCGAGGGACCAGAUGGGGAGGCUGCAGAGCCAGAUGGGGAAGCCGAACAGCCCAACGGAGAGGCCGAACAGCCCAAUGGAGAUGCUGAUGAACCAGACGGGGCAGGGAUCGAAGACCCAGAGGAAAGAGCUGAAGAGCCAGAGGGAGAUGCUGAUGAGCCAGAUGGGGCAGGGAUCGAAGACCCAGAAGAAGAAGGCGAAGAUCAAGAGAUUCAGGUUGAGGAGCCAUACUACGACUGCAGGGAAUGCGGAGAAACCUUUGCUUCCAACUCUGCCUAUGGUGAGCACCUGAAAACCCAUGCCAGGGUGAUAAUAUUUGAGCCUGGAAAUGUCUAUGGGGAAAGCUCCCGCUACACUGAACAUGCCAGCACCAGCACCAGCGACAACGACAGGGCCGAUGACAAAUAUUUCAAGUGUGAUGUCUGUGGGCAGCUUUUCAGUGAUCGCCUGUCCCUCGCUAGACACCAGAAUACUCAUACCGGCUGAGAACAUAAGUAUAAAGGUUAGGAAACCUUCACUUAGAACUUGACCCUUACUAAACCAGAGACUUCAGACCAAUCCAUAACAAUGUCAGAAGAAACUUACCUUGGCACGUACACACCUGACUUUUAACAUCAGACAACUCAGACUAAAAAGAAACCAAAGGUGGAAACUGCUUUGGUCUCAGCUCUCCCCCAUCUAGCUCUCCCCCAUCCAGCUGUCUCCCAUCCAGCACCAGUGUGUGCAUAUGGGAAAGCUCUAGCACAUACCUUGCAUCUGAGUGACCUUAUUGAGGGAAAACCCCAGGGGUUUUUGAGACUACAGAAAUCGCCCCAGUCAACUGUAAAUGACAUUUCUGUAACCUAUAUAUAAUGCUCCCUGCAGUGUAUAUAAAAUAGCAUAUCGUAGCAAAACAGUAAUCACAUAUCUUUGGAUUUGAUAUUAUAUACAGUUACAGUUUACUGUGCAGAGGUACCUUACCUGGUACUCGGAUUUUUUUUUUUUUUUUGGAGGAGGAAGAGAGCAACAAAUUAGAAUAUAUUUCUAAGCAUCUUAGAUUCUGAGAAAGACUUCUUGUGCAUUAUUUGGACCCCAUUGGUAUCGUUUCGAGUAAUUGUGUGUCAUUCCUUACUGUUAAGUAUUCCUGUACAAGUGUAAGCAUGAAAGGUAAAAUGUCUUUUAUUCUUUGCUGUUUGAAAAGAGAAGUGUUUUGAACUUCCUUUUCAGCCAUUUCGUCGACACCAACACUUUGGAACCUAAUGCUGUGUAAGCCUUUACAAUAUGUGGAUUGGCCUUUUGUGACCCAAAGUGGUUGGUUGCCACAUUGUACCUUGCAGUGGUUCUCAUGCUAAAAUAUUACAAGUUUUGUUUUUUUUUUUUAACCAACCUGAUGUGUGUUUGAUAAUGAAUUUACAAAAACUGAAGCUUUUCCCUAUAAAUCCUACGUUUUUGCCUUUAAAGAGUGGGUUGCAACCAUCACUAGAUCACAGUAGUGCCUACUGACGGUUGAGAACCAGAGGGAGAGACUUUUGUGUUGUAAAUAAGGAUGCAGGCUAACAACUUCCAUCACUUCCUUUGUGCGCUUCCUGCCUUAAGUGACAAGUAGCAUCGUGGCUUCAGUAGUGUGAACUGCCACAAGUCAGUCUGCACCCUGGGUGCCCAGGAGCUAGUAUCCUUAGAGCUUUCUAUCGCUUACCUGAUUUCUUGUCUUCACCUGUCUGACCCUCCUCCCCCAUGUCUAACUUAAAUUUUAAAAAUUAAAAAAAAAAAAACAAAAAAAACACAAAAAACAACAAAAAAAAGCUUUCUUUACAGUCAACUUAAGCUUAACAUGGACUCAGGUUCCCCAGCAGCCUUAAUUUGUUUCCUUACCAUCUGUUCCUCCCUCUUGCAGCCCUUCUAAGUAUUUCCGAGCUAUCUAUCCACUAGUGUCACGUUUGUCGGAUCACCUCAGUUUUCCACUUAAUCACAAAUUGACCUCAUAGCUUGAGGUUUCCUGUGUCCUGUUCUGUGGACCACCUGUACUCCUUUUGCUUCCCCUCCCCUUGCAUAAUGACUAUUAAAUUUUUUGGCUUUGAGUUGGCUGGAAAAAAAAAUUAAAAAAAAAAAAAAAACCUUAGAAGUGGAUCUGUAGAUUAAGUGAGCAAAAGACAACAGCAGAUAAUUUGAGCAAGCAAAAUUAACCUAUGUGCUGGGGGAACGUGUCUAAAUCUUCCUCUCCUAGAUCCGCGUGGUUAGGGCUUGGGGAACGUGUGUCAGAGCUGCAGGGAAUGCCAAAGUUGAGGAAGGCUGUAGGGUUGAGAGCACGAAGCAGAAAUGAGGAAGCCAAAGAAGGAAGUCCUAAUACAUCGCCAGAUCUAGGAGGGUGGGGAAGCAGACAGAAGGAAAAAUGGGAAGCAGGGCUGGGAAGCCCAGGUUGGUGGGAAUGAAUUGAGCAGGAUGUCCUGGGCCGUGAAGAAGGGGCCUUUUUGGUAUAGGUGAGGGCCAGCUGCAUCGAAGGACCUGAGGUUGGAAUGGACAGCCAAGAAAACAGGAGAAUCGAGGCCCCGCAGCACAGGAGGGGGACCCUUUAGAUGGGAACCAGCGUUAUGUUAUCAGGGUGAACUUGGGUUGAUCGCUGUUGGCAGUAUUAAUUGGUAGAACCUUUUCAGAAAACAACUUGCCAAAUGACAGGGUGUCCAUUCCAAUCUCAUGUUAGUGAAAAAUUAGGAAUGACAUAAAUGCCAAAACAAUAGGACGAUUACGUGAAGGUAUUCAUGGACUGUACGCAGCUGCUUAAAAAUGAUAAUCGAGAGUUAUGUAGCAACGUGGAAAUAUAUUUACGGAAUAUUAAGUGGAAAAAGCAGGACACAGAAUUAUAUUUAUACUACAAUUAUAACUGAUUAAAAAUGUAUGCUUAUAGUCAAAAGCUGUUGUGUUGUUGUUGUUGUAGGCUAAUAGUUGAGCAUUAUUUUCUUAAAUUCUUUGAAUGUUCUUUAUAGUAGUGUUACUAAAAAGUUUAUAAUCACGUUUCCAUUGUGAACAUAAUUUGAACACAUCAUCAGACACUUGGAAAAUACAGAAAAGUGGAGGAAAAAAAAAUCCAUAUUCCAACCUUCCAAAGACAGAUACACACUCUUCAACAUCUUGUUUAUUCUUGUUUCUGUGCACAGGUUUAUGAUUAUAACUGUGUCAAAACGUGUAUUCAGAAUAGCCGUUAUGUUACCUUUGUGGAAUUAUGGUUAAACACUUUCAUCUUAAUGUUUUCAAAUGUUCCUUAUGAUAGUGUUCUUAUAACAAAGUUUAUUAUGUUUGUUUCCAUUACAAGCAUAAUACAUACCCAGAGGAAAAUUUGGAAAAUAUAGUAAAUUAGAAAAGAGGAAAAAGUCACCCAUAUUCCCAACACCCAACAACUACUGUUAACAUCUUGAUCUAUUUCCUCCAUCUUGUUUUAGUGCACAAGCUUGUGAUUAUAACAGUGUUAAAUAUGUAUGCAUAAAGUCUAAAAUGAAAAAAAUACUGAAAAUAAUUAAAAUAGUGUUGUCAUUGUGGGAUUAUGGUUAAAUAUUUUGUCUCAAAUUCCUUGAAUGACCUUUGGUGUUUUGGUAUUAAAUCUUGUGUAUGUAUUUCUCCAUUACAAAUAUAAUACAUACUCAUAGCAAACUUUGGAAAAUUCAGUAAAACUAGAAGAAAAGUAAUUCACCCAUAUUCCCAACACCCAGCAACAGUUGCUGUUAACAUCUCGGUCUGUGCACCAGUCUAUGAUAAUUAGGGUGUUAAUGAUAGGUAUACAUAGAGUCAAAGAUGGGAAGAAAUAUGGAAAACAAUUAAAUAGUUGUGUGGUCGUUGUGGGAUUAUGGUGAAAUAUUUUGUCUUGGUUUCCUCGAAUGGUCUCUAUCAUAGUGUUUUGGUAAUCCACCUUUAUUACAUAUAUACCAUUAUAAACACUGUAUGUGUUCAUUAUAGAAACUUUGAAGUUACAGAAAUGUAGAAGAGAAACUCACCCAUAUUUUCACCAUCCAAAGACUGUGGUUAACAUCUUGAUAUAUUUUCUUCAUCUUGUUUCUGUGCACAGGUUUUUGGUUUGUUAAUAUGGUUGUGGUUGUUCUAUCUAUCUGUAAUAGUGUCAACAAUAAAAAUAAAGUUAAAAAUAA